GGUGAGCGUAUUUGACGCAUGGCUUCGGCGAUGGGAGAUAAGGUGCAUUUGAAGAUAAAUACAAAGAGCACUGACUUUGGAGAGACGACUUCCGAUCGGCUCCAUCUUCGUCUUCUUCUUCUUUGUCUCUUUUCUCCAUCGGCUACCUGACCUUUAUUUUUUUUCCCAGUGACUGCCAUCUGGCGGAAUGAUAGCUUUGCGCUAGAGAGCGUUCAUUUGGAUAUUUUUCAAACGAAACGCGUGACGUCACGUCAUCACGAAGGUCUUCGAGAGGAUUGACCGUUGAAGCCAAGCCUUUAUUGUGCCAACACUUUUGUUUCAUUCAAACUUACACCUUUACAAACAUCUGCCACAAUGAGCCAUUUUGACGGACAGAUGCGUACAAUCCAAAAUAACAGCAUCGAUAUACGGUCGACAAAAUAAGUAGAACGUGUUCUAUUGAUUAUUUUGAACCAGUUUCAGGGGGGACUGCUUUCUUUCAAUGCUCAUGAGUUAGAUUGAUGUGCUCCGAUUCUGAUGGAAAGAAUGCAAAAGAAAAUGGAAAAUUUUGGUUUGACAAAUAUCCAAUGCUUAAAAUAUUCCGAACGUCUAUCUUUCCGAUUCAAGCCGGAGCCGGAGCCGGAGCCGGAGCCGCCACUUCCUCCUUCCGUCGAGACGACGGACGUCAUCGGAUCGUCAUGGCGGCUUCCGCUCGGCAGCGUUUGGCCCUGGCCGUCUGCUGUUUGGGGCUUUUCGCCGCGUCGGCGUCCGGCGGCGGCGGCGGCGGCGGCGACGUGAUCGCCCUCGGGGACGCCGACUUUGACUACCUGGCCACCGAGCACGACACCAUGCUCGUCAAAUUCUACGCGCCAUGGUGUGGGCAUUGCAAGAAGUUAGCCCCCGAGUUUGAGAAGGCAGCCGGCAAACUGAAAGGAAGUGUGCAGUUGGCAAAGGUGGAUUGUACGGCUCAGGCGGAAACGUGCGGUCGCUUCGGCGUUUCGGGGUAUCCCACGUUGAAGAUUUUCAGGAACGGGAGGGACUGGGCCUCCUACGACGGUCCUCGUUCUGCCGAGGGGAUCUUCGAGUACAUGAGCAAGCAGACGGGUCCGGAUUCGCUGAGGCUGCUGAGCGACGACGACCUGCGAACCUUCGUCCGCCACUACGACGCUUCCGUCGUCGGCGUGUUUUCAGGUGAGGACAGUUCCGGUCUGGCCAACUUCCUGAAGGCGGCGGAACUUCUGAGGGAUCAGUUUCGCUUCGCUCACACCACGCGUCCGGAGCUCGCCGAACCCUACGGACUGCGAUCGGAAGGCGUCCUGCUCUUCCGUCCUCCGAGAUUGGCCAACCCCUUCGAAGAAGGCGUCGUCGUCCUCCGAGAUUUCGGCAGCGUCCCGUCUCUGAGACGCUUCAUCCGAGACAACGUAUACGGCCUUUGUCCUCACAUGACUUUGGAGAAUAAAGAUCGUCUGCGAGCGGGCGACCUCCUGACGGCGUUUUACCACGUGGAUUACCGGCACAACGUCCCGGGCUCCAACUACUGGAGGAACAGGGUGAUGAAGGUGGCGUCCGGCUACGCGGGGCGCGGGCUGAGCUUCUCCGUCGCCAACCUGGAGGACUUUCGGGCCGAGCUGGAGGCCGAGUUCGGCGUGGGGACGGCGGACGGCGGGGACCUUCCCGUGGUCACCAUCCGUACCAAAGCGGGUCACAAGUUCGCCAUGCGGGAGGAGUUCACGAGGGACGGCGCCUCCCUGGGGAGAUUUCUGGAGCAGUAUUUUGCGCGUCGCCUCAAGCGUUACGUCAAGUCCGAGCCGGUGCCGGACGGGAACGCCGGCGCGGUUCAGGUGGUGGUGGCGGAGUCCUUCAAUGCGGUGGUCAACCAGCCCACCAAAGAUGUCCUGGUUCUCUUCUAUUCGCCGUCCUGUCCUCGCUGCAAGAAGCUGGAACCCGUUUAUGCCGAGCUGGCUGAGACGCUAUCUGCGGACGCUGACGUGGUGGUGGCCAAAAUGAACGCCGUGGAUAACGACGUGCCGCAGGGCUACGACGUUCGAGGCUACCCGACCGUCUACUUGGCUCCCGCCGGCACGAAGGACCGGCCCGUUCUCUACCAGGUAAGGCCGACGGGCCGGGACGCGCCGAGUUUCCCGCCGAGUUCCAGGAAGUCUGCCGCGCGUCUGUCGCAGGGCGGCCGAGAGCUCCGAGACUUCCUGGGCUUCCUGCGGCAGUGGCGGCGGGCCGGCCCGAGCGGCGUCAAGCAGGAACUCUGAUGGCGGCGGGCGAUGCCGGGGGAAAGGUUUGGUUCUCGCGUCGCGGAGUGGACCGGCGGAUUGUUUUUGGAGAGGCUGGAUUUCAGAAGCUUUUUGAUGGAUUAUUGACCUCUUUCUUUAUUGGAACUGCUCGAUAUCUUUACAAGAUGUCUCUAUUUAUUGCUGUCCUUUUAUUUAUUUAUUUGUAUUCUUUGGAAUUCAUUUCUAUACAGCCAUUGGUCUAUUUAUGGUUUAAAGAGAAUCCAACCUUU